CAGAAUAGUCAAUAAAUUGGUCCGUCUCCGCUGUGCAAAUCAGUGUGAUUUGAACCUCUUCUCUUCAAAUAUAUAAACCCUUCUCCAUCUUCCAUUGCAUUUCAAGCUCAAUCUUUCAAAACCCACAAUUUCAUUUCAUCCCUCUCCACUUCAAAAUGGCGGAUUCCAAAGUUUCCCCAGUUCCCCUGUUGAAAGAUGAGCUCGAUAUCGUCAUACCCACCAUCCGAAACCUCGAUUUUCUUGAGAUGUGGAGGCCCUUUUUCCAGCCUUACCAUCUCAUCAUUGUUCAGGACGGUGACCCUUCUAAGGUCAUUAAGGUUCCUGAGGGUUUUGAUUAUGAACUCUACAAUCGUAACGAUAUCAAUCGGAUUCUGGGUCCUAAAGCUUCUUGCAUUUCCUUUAAGGAUUCUGCUUGCCGUUGCUUCGGCUACAUGGUCUCCAAGAAGAAAUAUAUCUACACCAUUGACGAUGAUUGCUUUGUUGCUAAGGAUCCAUCUGGCAAGGACAUCAAUGCACUUGAGCAGCACAUCAAGAACCUUCUGACCCCAGCUACACCACACUUCUUCAAUACCUUAUACGACCCUUACCGUGAGGGCGCUGACUUCGUCCGUGGAUAUCCGUUUAGUCUCCGAGAGGGUGUCCUAACUGCAGUGUCUCAUGGCCUGUGGCUGAACAUCCCGGAUUAUGAUGCUCCCACCCAGCUCGUGAAGCCUCUUGAGAGAAAUAAAAGGUAUGUAGAUGCAGUCUUGACAAUUCCGAAGUCAACCCUCUUCCCCAUGUGUGGAAUGAAUCUGGCAUUUGACCGUGAUCUGAUUGGCCCAGCGAUGUAUUUUGGUCUCAUGGGUGAUGGUCAGCCAAUUGGCCGCUACGACGAUAUGUGGGCUGGCUGGUGCAUGAAGGUUAUAUGUGACCAUCUUGGAUAUGGAGUGAAGACGGGAUUGCCCUACAUUUGGCACAGCAAAGCAAGCAACCCAUUUGUGAACCUGAAGAAAGAAUAUAAGGGAAUAUAUUGGCAAGAAGAACUGAUACCAUUUUUCCAAGCUGUUAAACUUCCAAAAGAUUGCACCACAGUGCAGGAAUGCUACAUUGAACUCUCCAAGCAAGUUAAAGCAAAGCUUGGUGGUGUUGAUGAAUACUUCACCAAGCUUGCAGAUGCCAUGGUCACUUGGAUUGAAGCUUGGGAUGAGCUGAACCCAUCAGACAGUAAAGCUACCAAUCUGCCUAAUGGUGCCCAGAAGUAGUUCUAUCUGUCUUAAAUUAUCGAUACUUCUCGGUAGAUUUUACUGAUGUUACCUUCCGUUGUUACCGGCUUAGCAUUCGUUUGGAAGCUCAGAGUAUUGGUGGUUUAGCAGCAUGGUAGAGAAUGUAGUAUUAUUAUUCACUUAUCAUUAUGACCUUAGCCACAGUAAAAGAAGAUGAUUUCGUAUGAUUUCUAUAAUUUGAUGAGCAUUAGCUAUUUCAGUCUGAGAUUGUUGCCCGAGAGAUUCAAAUUAUUAUUUAAUUUUGUUGAGCGAUUGGUCUGUUUUGUUUG